UACAUUUUUUGUGUGGAGACAGAGUGUUGGUGUUCGUAUAUUUGUGCAAAAUAAUAUUUUUUUAAUUAAAAGAAAACAAAAUAAAAAUUACUGUUUAUAAUAUUUUUCUAUAUAUAAAACACGUGAUAAUAAAAUUAACACCAAAAAACAAGAAAGAAAACAAUAAAUAAUUAAAUUUUUUAACUAUAAAAAAAAUCUACAACAAGGGAGAGACAACAAAUACAAAAACACUAUAUAAGGCAAACAUUAAGAGAGCGAAAAAAAACGUAAAAAACGCAACUUUAACAACACGUUGUUGUUACACAAAUUGUAUUAAGUAUAAACAAUUAACAAGGGAAAUUCUUAAAAUAAAUAAUAAUAUAUUUUUUAUAAAAAUAUAAUUCUCUUCUAUAUUAAAGAAAAAAAAAAAAAGAAGCGAAAAAAUCAUGUGAAAAAUCGAUUGGAAGUUGGGCAAUACAUAUAAGCGUUGAAAAAUUCUGUUUGUGGUCAUUUCCAAUGCCAUGUAGAUGACAUUGGAAUUUUCUCACACUCACAUACUUCGUACAUACAUACAUAAUAAUACGAAAAACGUACAGACAAACGAAGAAACAAAAUACAAAAACUCGCAGCAAACAACGGAGAAUAGCAAGACUAAGAAGAAGAAGCAGACGAAAAGAAGAAUAAAAAAACACUGACAAAUCAAAUGGAAACGUCAAAAACUGAUGUGAAAGCGCAAUUUUAUUUUUCUGAUGGUUUGUGUUUUUUGUUAUUGUAACCAUUGUAAAGUGACAUCAGUGUGGUUGUAAGUGGAAAAUCGAACGAAAAGCAAAGAAAAGGCAUAGAAAAAGGAGAACAAAAUAAAAAUAGACAAAAAAUAAAGUGAAUUUUUGUAUAUGUAUAUUUUCUUUUUUUUUUUAAUUUUCUUAAAUAACUUUUGUAUGAAAUACAAAUGAAAUAAGAAGUCUGGGGGAGUUACAAAAAGUGUUGAACACUUUUUCCUGUUUUCAAUGUGGAAUAAAAAGAAGAAAACUUUAUUACUUGCACCACUUUCAUCAUUAUCGUCGUCGUCUUCUUCUUCGUUGACUUUGCCUUCGCUGUCUUCAUCAUUGUUGCUACUUCGUAAAAUUUUUACGCUUGACUACUUGCAAGUAGCAAUAAUAGCAACAAGAGCAGCAGCAGCAGCUACUAACCCAACAAUAUUUAACUGCAGCAACAACAAUUGUUCCUGAUUGCAUUUGUGUGUAGUGUGAGUGCGUGUCCGGUGUAGAAAAUAAUGGAAUCUGGUCCCAAUGGGAUAAAAGUAGAGCCAUCAUUAGAACAGCAACAUUUACAGCAUCAGCAACAACAACAUCAUCAUCAACAAUAUGCCACAAAUUUGCUAGCUCUCAAUGGCUCGAAUGCCCGCCUACUCAUCGAUCAUCCCUCAACAUUGCUGGUACCGUUGUCGCAUCAUCAACAGCAACUGCAACAAUUACAACUCCAACAGCAGCAUCAGCAGCAGCAACAACAACUGCAACAGCAUCAUUUACAGCAGCAUCAAUUGCAACAGCAUUUAGCCUCACAACAGCAGCAACAACAGCAACAACAACAGCAGCAGCAAGAUCAAUUGCAACUACAGCAGCAACAACAAUUGCAGUUGGCCGCAGCGGUCACUUAUCCGCAGCCUUUGUCCCUCAAACAACCACCCCUACCCACGCCCAUUACCAACAACAGCGGCGGCACUGCAAGUGGUGCUGGAGCAGGAACCACCGCGAACACCACUUCGUUGGGGCCGGCGUCAGUGACAUCGUCCACCUCAUCGGCCGUCCGUCAUCGUUGGAACGAAAGUCCAGAGGCUCGAGCUCGUCGUUUGGCACGCAAUGCCGAGAGAAUGCGAGAACGACGCAAUCGUGAGACCGAAGAUGAAUAUCGCAAGCGGCUGGCACGCAAUGCCGAAGCCAAUCGAAUGCGUCGUCAGAAUGAAAACGAAAUGGAACGAGCCAUGCGUUUAGUACGUAACGCCGCACGGCAGCGUCUGCGUCGCGCCAUGGAAUCGCCAGAUCAAAGGGCUAAACGACUGCAAAAACUUGCCGAACGGAUGCGUAUGUAUCGAGCCAAUGAAACACCGGAGCAAAGGAAAAUUCGUCUCGCCGAAAUGGCAGCCAGAGCCCGGCAGCGUAUUGCCAGUGAAUCCCCCGAGCAGCGUAAGGAGCGACUGAAAAAACUCAAUGAGUAUGCGAGAAAGGUCAGAGAAAAGAAAAAAAUAAUAAAACACGGCGCGGCGCAGACUCCGAAUUCGAAUCAGAAUUCGAAUACGACGCAAAGCGCUUCAAUAAAUUGUAAUAAUAACGACUCUUUAAAUCUAAACCAUCAGGCACCACCUUCAACAGCAGCAGGCGGCGGAACAGCAGCAACGGGAGCAGCAGGAACAAACUCGGCAACACCGACCGGAAACGAUGAACUAUCCCGACAAACUGCCGGCGGCGCCCAAGAUGACCAACAACAGCUAACAGCAUCAUAUCAGCAAGCUGCCGCCCUGGCAGCCAAUCCCAUUGAAUACUAUCAGAACAUGUUCAUCAAUCCAGCCACUUUACGCACAGGCAGUGCUGCCCUCCUCAAGCAGGAACCUCAAACACAGCAGCCGCAAUCUCAGCAAUCCACCAACAAUCAACAGAAUCGUUUUAGCACUCCGCAACAACAGUCGGCAGCUGCAAAUCUCCUCGAAUCGGAGACGUCGAAUCUUUUUCAGCAACAGCUGUACGAUGAGGCCUCACAAAAGGCCAAGCUGCCAAAUGUAGCAGCAGCUAAUGUUCCUCACUUCAGCACAAUCGCGAGUUCGCUAGAAUUAUAUCAGAAUAAGUAUGCUAAGAAGCCGGAGCUUCAACAGACAAAUAAUACAGCGAGCAGCAGUAGCAGCGGCAACAAUAACAACAGCGGGUCUGUUGGAGUCCCAACCGGAACAGGUGGAGGAACACAGAACGAAAAAAGUGAAUCAAAAGUAAAAACUACACAUCCACAAAUACAAAAUCCCCCAACACCGCUCUACAAUCAAUUUCCCUAUUUGGCAACCUUUCCGGCAGCUGCAGCCAACUCAACGGUAUCGGUAACAACCCCGCCAAAUACACCAACCCAAACAGCCGCCUAUUAUCCUAUGUAUCAUAAUGGCUUUCAGCUGGGCAUAGCGCCGAAUACGGUGCCGCCCCCAUUUACGCCAGUACACUUUUCAACGGCCACAAAUGCAGUUGGAUCCUCGCCACCAACAAAUGCUGCGGCCAGCCAACAACAACAUGUAAUACAGGAUUUUCCAAAAGCGGUCCGCGGUCGUCCUAGAAAGCUGUUUAGCUCAAAUAAAGAUGCGUCGCAGGACGAUGUACUUCAGCAGCAAGAGCAGCAACAAAAAAUGAGUGCUUUGCUAGAACAGGAGAUCAAUCAAAUGCUAGCAUCUCCACAAUAUGCUCAGCGCCGCGGACGUGGUCAACAAUAUCAACAAUUAAACACACAAUUACAACAACAACAACAGCAGAACCAGCAACAACAGCAGCAAAUAUUGCAACCGAACCUACAGCAGCAGCAGCAACAACAACAAGAACAUUCCUCCCCCAACAUUAUACGCAGCAAUGGUAAACUCAAAUACGAAAGUGAUGAUGAGAAACGCAAACGACUCGACAAAAUGGCUGCCCAUCAGAGAGCACUGCGAGCUAACGAAACACCCGAACAACGAGUAGUACGUCUACAGAAACUAAGUGAACGGGCCCGUCUCAAACGAGCCGAAAUACGUGCAACCGAAACGCCCGAAGAGAAAAAGAUACGUCUCUCACGACAAGCCGAAUAUGCACGAAUGCGUCGCCUACGAACUCAUACACCUCACUUUCGCUCUAAAUCCGAAAAUGGUGGUUCCACCACUCCAUCGGGCAUCUAUGAACAGUCACUGGGUGCUUCUACAAAUGGUGGCUAUGAAACAAAACCUAACGAUGGUGGUGGCAAUAAUAGUGUUAGCGGCGGUAGUAUAUCACAGGAAAGUGCUUCAAAUAGUGAGGAACAACUGCAACAGCAGCAGCAACAACAGGCGCAACAACAACAACAGCAGCAGCAACAGGCACAGCAACAACAACAACAACAGCAGCAACAAUUGUUACAAAUGCAACAUCAGCAAACACAACAACGUAUGUUACUUCCAGGUCAAACUCCGAUACUACUUCAAAUGAACAACAACCACAACAAUAAUAAUUUCAUAAAAGGCAACAACAAAGAAUACAAUAAUGGUCAACCGGAAAAUAAUGAUAUGUUAAAAAUUCUUGAACCCAUAAUUGUCAUGAAAACAAAAUAAUUUAAAUCUUAUUUUAUUCAGAACAUUAUUUAAAGAUCACCCUCACUCACUCACCACCACAUUAACUGAUCAUAGUUGUUGAUGAUGAUUAUUAUAUAAUUUUAUAAAUGGUAUGUAGAUUGUUUUUUCAAAACUAAAUUUAUUUAUUAUUAGGGAAAAUGUAAAAUUUUUAAAAAUUUUCGACUUUUUGUUGCGUAAAAGUUACAAAUUGGAGAAAAAUUUAUAUUUAUUUUUAUUUGUCGAAUUUUUGUUCAAUAUUAGUUAAAUUUUUUUAAAAAUUUCAAUUUCAAACUUAAAAAUUUUGAAUUUAGUCCAAUUUUUUAAAUAACAAUCUAAAAAAUUUUGAAAAUUUCAUAAUUUUUUUUAAGGAUUUUUAGAGUAGCUUCAAUAUAUAGGCUUUUAAAGUGGUGUACGAAUAUUCGAAAUUAAUUUCGAAAAUUCGCUGUUAAGUUCGAAAAAAUUUUAAAGCGUUAAAAUAAUCUCCAUUUUAUGAGGAUUCAUAAAAAUACGAUUUUAAUAUUAUGUAUUUCAGUUUUUUUAUUUUUCAAUUUCAAAUUUAAAAAUUUUCAAAAAUAAAUUUUUGAAGGAUUUUUAAAGUAGUAUCAAAAUAUAGGCUUUUAAAGUGAUAAUCGAAAAUUCGAUGUUAAGUUCGAAAAAAUUUCCAAUUCAUGAGGAUUCAUAAAAAUACGAUUUUAUUGUUAUUUGAGUCCAAAUUUCUUUUAUUUUUUAAUUUCGAACUUAAAAAUUUUGAGAAAAAAUUUCAAAAUUGUCAUAAAUUUUUUAAGCAUGUAGUUUCAAAAUAUAGUGAUAUUCGAAAAUCAGAUACUAAGUUCAAAAAAAAUUUAAAAUGCUAAAUAAUUCUGUGAAAAUAGUUUAAAGUUUUUAAAAAAAUCUUUAUUUCUCUAUUAAAAAAGUGAAUAUUUUUAGUUUGCAAAGAGUUUAUAUACCAAAAUGAAAUCAUCAUUUCACAACUGAUCUAUAUACCGAAUAAAAUCUUCAAACUUGCAGCAAACUUUUUAUACAAUAUCUAAACCUUCUUACACAAACACACACGCAUAUAAAACUAAAAAAAAAACUUAGUUACAAAAAAAAAAAUAUUAAAAAAAUCACACAUUUAAUAAGAAAAAUUAUUCAUAAAAAAAUAUAAAAUAAAAUUUGUUAAGAGUAAAACCAAGACCUAUAAGAAAAGUAAAACAUACACCAUAUAUAAAAAUAUAAAUAAAUAAUUGAGAAAGCAAAUUAAUUAAUAAAAAACAAAAAGAAAAGAAACACAUAGACACAAAACAGCAUAAUCCUAUUAAUAAAUACAUA